CACGCGUGCGUCGUUGCGGACCGCGCUGACGGGGCGGCGAGGCGGUCGCUUCGAGCGUGCUAGCUUGUGCUCUGUCUGAAGAGAGAGAGGGCGGUUGGGCGCCGGUGGCCGCGUUUGCCUUCCCGGAAUCUUCUUUUCAGGGAGAUGUCCUUUGCUUCUCAGAUGUAAUGCACUUUAAGUUUAUUAUUCAACAGUGAAAAUGAGUCAUACAGAGGUUAAGUUAAAAAUACCUUUUGGAAAUAAGUUGCUGGAUGCUGUUUGUUUGGUACCUAGCAAGAGUUUAACAUACGGAAUAAUUCUUACACAUGGAGCAUCAGGAGAUAUGAAUCUUCCUCAUUUGAUGUCAUUGGCAUCCCAUCUUGCAUCUCAUGGCUUUUUUUGCCUGAGAUUUACCUGUAAAGGCCUUAAUAUUGUGCAUAGAAUUAAGGCAUACAAAGCAGUUUUGAAUUACCUAAAGACCUCAGGAGAAUACAAACUUGCAGGUGUUUUCCUUGGAGGUCGUUCAAUGGGCUCAAGAGCAGCUGCUUCUGUAAUGUGUCAUAUUGAGCCAGAUGACGCUGAUGGUUUUGUUCGAGGUCUCAUUUGUAUUUCUUAUCCACUGCACCAUCCAAAACAACAGCAUAAACUCAGAGAUGAAGAUCUCUUUCGUAUAAAAGAUCCUGUACUGUUUGUGUCAGGCUCAGCAGAUGAAAUGUGUGAGAAGAACUUGUUGGAGAAAGUGGCACAGAAAAUGCAAGCUCCCAAUAAAAUCCACUGGAUUGAGAAGGCAAAUCAUUCCAUGGCAGUGAAAGGACGGUCAACAAAUGAUGUUUUCAAAGAAAUAAAUACACAGAUUUUGUUUUGGAUCCAAGAAAUCACUGAAAUGGACAAGAAAUAAUUGUCAUUAGUUAAAAGCCAUGUUAUUUUGAAUACAAGUACAGUUAAUUUGAUAAAGAAUAAUAUACCUCUCAGCAUUAUGAGAUAUAUUUCAGACUAAUGUUCUUUAAUGUUGCCCUAUUUUUGAAACACAUUUUAAUUGUGAAAAUAAUAUUCUUUACAAAAUGUCUUUUGAAAGCACUGUUAUAGUUGUAUGAAGAUGAUGUACAAAUAUUAAAGGUGGUCUAAAUAUAAUUUAUUUUCACUAGUAUAGUUAAGCUUUGAAAAAAUUAAACUUUUGAAUUUUGUUACAACA